CUGGACGCCAACGCCAUUUACGUUUUGGAAACCUUUUUUUGCCAAAAGAAUUCGAAUAAUAAGCCUAAUAAAACAGUGCGAAUAUGUUGGCACUCAUAAACAGAAUCCUCGACUGGUUCAAGAGCAUCUUCUGGAAAGAGGAGAUGGAACUGACGCUGGUGGGACUGCAGUUCUCGGGGAAGACAACGUUCGUCAAUGUUAUUGCAUCCGGCCAAUUUGCUGAGGAUAUGAUACCCACAGUGGGCUUCAACAUGCGAAAAAUAACCCGAGGCAAUGUAACCAUCAAGGUCUGGGAUAUUGGCGGCCAGCCCCGUUUCCGUUCCAUGUGGGAGCGGUAUUGUCGCGGUGUCAAUGCAAUUGUCUAUAUGGUGGAUGCGGCUGAUCUGGAUAAGCUGGAGGCCUCGAGGAACGAGCUGCACUCGCUGUUGGACAAGCCGCAGCUGGCCGGCAUUCCAGUGCUCGUGUUGGGCAACAAACGUGAUCUUCCAGGAGCGCUCGACGAGACUGGCCUCAUUGAGCGAAUGAAUCUAUCGAGCAUACAGGACCGUGAAAUAUGCUGUUACAGUAUUUCGUGUAAGGAAAAGGACAACAUUGACAUAACGCUGCAGUGGUUAAUUCAACAUUCGAAAAGCCAAAGUCGUUAGAUAACUAAACUAACAACCCACACACAAACACAAACACACACCCACUACCCACACAAAACACACAAACACACACACAUAAACAUAGGCCCUGUAUCUCACACGGAACAACUAUAUACAUUUAUACAAAAAUCUAUAUAUUAAUGAUUUGCAGCGUGAUGAGGGAAUGAGAAAUGAUUUUGAGUAGUGAAUCGAAGAAGAAAUCUAAACUUAUACGCAGUACUAAGCAAUGCCUUGAUGAUCCAACUGUUUUGUACGAAUGUCUGCAUACACAUACACAUGUCCUUGUACUUGUCCUUCUUACACUGUGUUCUUCCUGUCGGAAUUCUAGGGCGUAGAGUCGCGGCAGAGUCUGUCUCGGUGCUUGUUUGUCUCGAAAAUCGAAUGAUGUUUAAACGAACUCUGUGUAAAUCGUUAGUACUGUUAGUUAAUCCACAAGCAAACACACACACACACACACACGCAUAAACUAUGUACUCCAUUCUGGCGUGAUCGAGCGCAACUCUCUUCAAUCCCUCAAUCGCCAUGUGCCUGUCGCUGGCAUCUCUACCGAUUUCGUUGUCUGUGUCCACUUUUAGUUAGACUUAUGUUUAGCGUUUAUUGGUGUGAUUAUAUAAAUAUUAUUAUUAUUUUUUAUAAUUUUUAUAUAAAAAAUAUAACUUUACAAUUCGCUUAUUAUUUAUGAACUGAAUUUUUGCUUAGCGAAAAAAAACACAAAACACAAAAAGGAAAACUACAACUGAAACAGAAAAGAAGUAAAUAGCAGAGGAUAAACUAAAAUUAUUAUUAAAGCGUUUUAAACUAAAUAUAAACCUUAAUGUACGUGAAAUCAACUAAAGUAUGAAAAAAGUCAUAGCUAAAGAAAUUCGAAUGCUGUAGCCCCCCUCUGAAAAGAAAGUUCAUUGUAAGAUAUGCAAAAAAGAAAAAAAGAAAUAAAUUGUUGAGUUUUACUAGUAGCAGCAGUCAAACCCAAAUCCAUAUCCAAAUCCAAAACCGAAACCAAAUCGAAAGUCCUUAAGCCUUGUCACGCUUCUUUUGUAUACUCAUUAACAUUCACCUAGCUAAUUACGAUAAUUUAUAUGAAACAGUUAUGCAAAUUAUAAGCUACUCGUACAAUAACCAAAUUGAAUAAUGAAACAAACAAAAAAAAACCAAACUGGAA